UUAAGACAAAAUGACUUGAUGACAUUUGACUUAUUCUAAAUUUAUAAUUGUCAAUUGUAGACACAAAAUUUUCUGUCCAAUUUUUUUGGCUCAAUCAAUGUAAAUCCUAUAGUUUUUUUCCAAUUUUUCAAAAUUCACGUUCAAAGAUGUGCAGCACAGCAGAGUGUGUUAUUGAUCAAAUAGCGGACUGUAUAUCCGAACUUAACCCAUCUUGUCCAACACCUUGUGUAGUGGAGCCUCAAUUUCCAUUCGCAGCAUGUUGCCAUGUAUCACCUCCACCAAUUCUGUUGCCCACUUCACCCAGACCAGUCAAACCCCUCCAACUACCAUGUCCAAUGUCCUGUCCACCAGAGUUGUCAGAACAAGAGAGGAUGGAGUUGAGAUAUGACAACUACUAUAACAACUACAACAUCGACUGGCACUCCCUUGGGCUGGGCAAGACACCAGAAUAUCCAGAUCCUAGGACAGCCAAGUGUCGAGGUGCUACACUGGACGGGAGAAACCCUUGCGAAUAUGUCAAACCUCCAAGGAUGAACUGCGAUGAUGGUUGUCCGACCGGAUUUAAGCCCUGUGCCAUGAAAAUGGUUGGACCUUUGCCUUGUGGCGUGUGGUGCGCCCAGAUCCCUAAGUGUACCCCCAAAACACAUGAAAAACACAACAGGAAUUACACAACCAAAGCGAGAAAUCCAUGCUCAUGAUUGUUGUCCGUUUGUGCAUGUCCUCAAAAUCUAGUCAUGAUGUUAAUCGUACAAGCCCAUCGUGUCGCAGCUAGCUGUGAAGCCCGUCCUACGUUAGACGAUAAAAAUAAACUAGUAGCCUGGCAAAAAGUUUACCUCGUUGCCGUGCCAACUACAAAACUUUCACUCGUCGUUUAGUCACCUCACAGUUCCUGAAGCUACUCAAAAUUCUCGUAUUUUAUAGUUGAACCACCAAACGCAAGCCGAGAUGGCAUGUUGUCCGCCGAGUUGCCCUCCGAGUUGCCCUCCAGCAUGCCCACCGACAAGUUGUUGUGUGCCGGUAGCUGUGUGCCCGUGCCCACCACCGCCAUGCUGUCCCUGUCCGCCGGUCUGCGUCCCCUGUUUUCCGCAGCCCUGCGUCUUUGUACCGGUGGUGACGCCAGUGCCGUGCGCCAUGCCACCUUGUUGCCCCCCGACAUGUGGACCCUGUUGCGCCCCCGCUUGCGCACCGUGUUGUCCGCCUUGUUGAAGUGUGUUUGUGGUUUUAUUGUGUACGUUUUAUUAUUCACAGUAGUGUUGCAAUAUAAAUAAAAAAAUAGUACAUCGCAAA